UGCGUGACGACUUCCUGUUUUAUAACGGCGAAGAAACGGUGAGUCUGUCUAAAUUUACACAGGAACAUCUGAACAGUUGAAUGCAGUCGUUGGACAUCACUUCUGCUGAACUCCUCAGUCCUUUAUUCAGGUUUAUUUCUCCAGUGCAGCCAUUUGUCAUACAUCAUGAUGAGCAAAAUGUUCCUGAGUGUCCUCUUUUUUACAAUUCCGUUACAAAAGUACAUUUAUAGAAGAUCUUAAGUUAAGAAAAAGAAAAGCGAGCCUGGUGCGGAGAUCUUCUCUAAGUUGUUCUCUGGUUGUCCAGCAACUUACGGUCAUGUGUUGUGAGGACAGCUAGAAGCCGUGGCAGCCGUGAUUGUUUACAAUGCAAACACAGUAUGUAUUGGCCAAUUUAACAGUAAUUGUGGCCCCUGGUUUUGCAGGCUCUGUGGGCGCUUGUGGUCACGAUGUGGGCCUGUUCAUUACUACACCGACACCGAUGGAGGCUCUGAAUGGAUCCUGUUUACAUAUUCCCUGCAACUUCACAGCUAAAAGUGACGGCAGCGUUUCCAGUGGAAAACCUGUCGGAGUUUGGAUGAAAAGUGACCCAAGUUUCUCAACAUUUCCACAGAAUGUAAUUUUCAACAGCAGUAACACGACAAACGUCUAUCCCAUGACCAUAACUGGCAAUCUGAAGGAGAAAAACUGCACCACUUUGUUUUCAGGCGUAGACCAAAGUCAUGCAGACACAUAUUACUUCAGAAUUGAACACGGCCGAUUUAAGGCUUCGGCUAUUUGUCAUGCUCUUGAAAUAAAAAUAAAAGAUUCUCCUUGGAGUCCCAGCAUUAAUCUUCCCUCUGACCUGAAGGAGCAUCAGUCUGUCACUGUAACCUGCUCAGCUUUCACUCCGUGUCCACAAUCACCUCCUGAACUCACCUGGAAUCUCCAACAAGACUCUCUCAGACAAACAGAGAAAAACACAAAUGGAACCUUUACAACUAAAAUCCAGAAGAACAUCACUCUGUCAGACACACAUGAUGGAUACAACAUCAGAUGUUCUGCCAGAUAUCCUGUGAAUGGAGGAAACAAGACAGCAGAGACAAAAGUGACUCUCAGUGUUUCAUAUGCUCCUAGAAACACCUCAGCAUCCAUCAGUCCAUCAGCUUUGGUGUCAGCAGGUAGCAGGGUGGAGCUGAGCUGCUCCAGCAGAGCCAAACCUCCACCCAACUUCACCUGGUUCAGGAACAGCAAAGAUGGAGCCACUAAUGUAUCUGUAGGACAGGUUUACAGCUUCAAUGUUACUGAUGGAGGAGAAUAUUACUGUUUGGCCACAAAUCAUCUGGGGAAUGAGAAAUCAUCUGGGAUCUUUCUGAGUUUUGAAGUUUCGUCACAGCAAUUUGAACACUGGCUGGAAAUUUGCACUGGAGUCAUUACGAUCAUCGGUGUUGGUGUCUGUAUUUGCGCUAUCGUUUGCUGGAGGAGAAAAAAGAUGACAGAUGCAGCCGUACCACGGCUACAGUUCGAAAAUAGUAACGAGUCUGCAAGAAGCACAGAGGAGGAAGAAAAAGAACAAACCCUCCAUUAUGGAGAGAUUCAGUUUCUAAAGCGAAGCCCUGAACCAUCCAACUGCAGAGUGGAGUUUAACACAGUCUACUCUCAGGUUAAAGUUCGUGAGCCAGCAAGUCGUUUGAGGCAAAUGGCUGAUGACCCAGAAUGCCUCUAUGCUCAAGUAAGCCGUUAGUGAUUUUAGAUUUUUAUUUUUUUUUUAUUUUACAGGUUUCUAUGUAGUUAAUCUUUUUUAAAAAUACCUCAUGUACAAAAAUUACACCUGAAUGCGUGAAUGCAAUGCUUACACUUCCUCAACAGGAAACUCAAACUCGCACGCUUCAGCUAUUUUUUUUUUUCUUCAGAAGAAUAUACACAGAUGUAUGCAAAUAGUCACAGAGCUCUAGAGAAAAGGGGAACCUGGUCAACCUCACACACCUGCAGCAUAUGAGCACUGAGAGCAAUGAGUUUCCUACUUGAAUAUUAUAUUCUUAACUUACAGUACGUCGUGCCUGUGCCUGAAUACCAUCUCAAUUAUGUUUCAUACGCUGACUUGUGAUAUUAGACAGAAAAGCUGCAUCUUAUCAAUUUGUAUUCUUUUCUUUUCAGCUCAGUUAUAAUCCAACUCAUUGCAAUGUACAUGUUUCUUUAAGGUUACGUAGGUUCAUGCUCUUGGUUCUGCUCUCCACUUUGGGAAUCACCCCAUUGAUGUGUAUCUAAUCUUUCCCUAUUCCGACAAAAACAUUCCUGGGUGCAUUUAUGUUGUUUUCUUUUGAGUUGUGUUACUACGGUUUCUGUUAGUCAACAGGGAGUUUUGAGCUUCUUUUUUUUUUUUCUCCCGCUCACAUGCAUCACCAUCUACGUAUUUGCAGAAAGAUGUCAAUUAAACAAUAAAUGAAGUCACAGUAAGUUAUUGUGACUUAUGUACGAGUCACAAUAACAUUUAUUUUCCCAUAGGUAUCAAUAAGGGCAUUGAAAAUACGUAGAAAUAGAGAAUAAAUGCGUUGAAUCUGUGGCCUCUCGGAGCUGUGAGGGUUAUGUCACUCAUGUUUUUGAACGUCUUCAUGAAUUAUGACACAGAAAAUAACAUUUCUGCAUAUUUUCAGUCUCUUAUUAUAUUAAUAUCUUCUAAUCCCAUUCAGACAGUUUGCAGCUGUCUGAAUGUUUGGUGUGCAGAUUUCUAAUGUGCAAACCGAACACACAGCAUUUGUAUUAUCCUCCAGCUGGAGAACUUGUGAGGGCACAGUUACAAGUGAAAGGUUGGACAGAACAGAGACACGAAAACGUAGAUAUUAACUAACUAUAGCUAUAAUUUCUGCAUGAAAAGCUGUAGUCGAUUCAUGAAGUGAUCAAAAUAGCUCCGAAUGUAAAAAUACUCAUAUGUGUAAUAUUGCUAAACCAUAAGCUGUUCCCAGGUUAAGAACUAAAUUUGGGUUAUAUGGUUUGUUAUAAUUAAUACAUUUUGACCAAUGAUAUUGAAUUUUCUUUAAAUGACACAUUUGAAUCCAAUGUGUUAAAAUGUAUUAUGUUUGACAUGAUCACUGUUUCUGGGAUUUAUUGUACAGAAAUAAACCUCAAUGUAAAUAUUAUAACUUUCAAAAACUGCAGAAACGCCUUCUUCA